CAUUCUCCCCUCCCCCCGUUCUGUCUUUUCUCUCUUUUCUCUUAAUGUGAAUAGGAUCCCAGAUGUGCUUCAUUCUUUCCGUCCUUGAAAUACACUUGGUCAUGAAACGCCAAUCUGGAGGAAGACUUUCACUCUGUAGAGGAGGAAACAUGCCCCAGAGAGAAGUGGGUUUUCUCACUCAUAACCAGUGGCAGAUCUGGACCUAGAAUACUGGGAAUUCCACAAGCUUUUGGUAAACCCCCUCCAGAAGGUACUCCAGAAAAUAAAGAGAUGAAUGGGAUUCUUUUAAAAGUUGAUGGUCUAGUCCUAUCUGGCCUCUGUGUAGGGUUUCAUACUUUACAAAUGUUUCUAUAGACAACAGAACCAAUUUGGGUCCUGCAAAAGUCUGGAAAGGUAGGUAUGUAACUAGGAAAUUACUCUUUUACAGAUAAGUCAAAGUCCAGAGACAGAAAAGCUGCACAGAAGUUAGUGGCAAGACCGAUAGAAUCUCAGUCGGCCGGUGUCUAUUGUCCUGAGGCCAAACAAUAGCUGGGCCCACAGCAAAUGCUUAGUAGGUGGCUACUGAUUCGUUAGAAUGAGGUCCACCAGCCUCACUUUAGGUUUGUAGGAAGUCUGAGAGAGAGACAGAGGCCAGCUUCUGUUUUUAUCAACCUCGAGUCCUAAAGGCAGUUUCUAAGCAGCUCCGGAGAGAAUACUGCCAGUGGGAGUUGACCUAGCUAGCUUGAGGUAGCAGUGUGUGGAAUCUUAUUGGCAUAAAGGAGCAUUCCUUCCAAUUAGUGUGGGUAGAAGAGAAAAUUCUCUUUUCUGAAGAUUUCCAGGCCGCCUGAACCCUGCCUCUAAAUCAGCAGUGACACUCCACCUAGGAACGUGACCUCUUCAGACCGCUGUUUCCUGACGAGAAAGCGAGGGGGUGCAUUUAAUGAGGUCUCUCUCUCUCGUGGAGACCCCAGGAUCGUUUACCGGGCGCCCACGACGUGCCUAGCGCCGCGCGGGGUGCGGAUGGCGGUUUCUCUCGGGUCGCGCGAGGCAAGUACAGCUUCUCAGCCUAACACUUGGCGUACUGCAGUGCCAGGUGCCACCAUGUCACGUGCACACUCGAGUGUGCGCGUCAGGGUGGGGCUCGUGCGUCCUGUGCUCCCGGGCCCCGGCACUAAGAGCGGUGCGGGCUCGUCCCUAAGUCGGACGGAGAGCUGCGGAAUGACGGGAUCGAUUUGAGAGCGCGUCCGCGGGGCCAGAGCCGGAGGGAGAGCCCGGCGGAGGGGAAGAACAUGGUGCCGCGGCGCCGUCCGGUCACCAGCACCCGGCCUCGCCCCCGCUCCUCCUCCCCUCGGAGCCCUGAACAAGGGUCCCGAGCCAGCCGCCAAAGCGUUAAAGCCGCGCGGGGGCCCGCGAGGCCCAGCGGGCGGCGAGACGGCAGGGCAAGCGCUGGUGCCCGGGAGCCUCCGCCGAUGGAGUGUGGCCUGGCUGGCGUGAGCACAGGAGAUGGGCUGGUGAUGAAGAUCAAGCCAGAGAAGCCAGAGUGGAUGCUGCAGACGCUGGUGCCGCAGGCCGAGCUUUCCGAGAAGGAUAAGGAAAACAUCUUCCAGCAGCAUCGGAGCCUCCCGCCAUGCCAGACCAUGGGGAAGCCUCGGGCCUUGGGGGGACAGGAGGAGACAGGGGGUCCAAGGUGGGCCCCUCCCACUGAGCAGGCGGCGGGGCUGGCAGGCCGGGCUCUUUCUGCCGGCGAGGGUCACUUUGUGUGCCUGGACUGCGGGAAGAGGUUCAGCUGGUGGUCAUCCUUGAAGAUCCACCAGCGCACCCACACCGGGGAGAAGCCGUACCUGUGCGGCAAGUGCGGCAAGAGCUUCAGCCAGAAGCCCAACCUGGCGCGCCACCAGCGGCACCACACGGGCGAGCGGCCCUUCUGCUGCCCCGAGUGCGCGAGGCGCUUUAGCCAGAAGCAGCACCUGCUCAAGCACCAGAAGACCCACUCGCGGCCCGCCACCCACUCGUGCCCCGAGUGCGCGCGCUGCUUCCGCCACCAGGUGGGCCUCCGCAUCCACCAGCGCGCGCACGCCCGGGACCGCCAGGGCGCCCGCGCCGGGCUGCAGGAGUUGCUGCGGGACGCCGCCGCCCGCCGGGGCUGUCGCCUGCGGCCCGGGCCGCCGCGGGGCCGCCCCGAGUGGGCCUGGCUGGGGCUCUGCCAGGGCUGGUGGCGCCAGGCGGGGGCCCGGGCCGCAGUCGCCGCCGCCGCGGGGCCGGGUGAGCAGCGCCAGUUCAUCUGCAACGAGUGCGGCAAGAGCUUCACGUGGUGGUCGUCCCUGAACAUCCACCAGCGCAUCCACACGGGCGAGCGGCCCUACCCGUGUCCCGAGUGCGGCCGCCGCUUCAGCCAGAAGCCCAACCUGACGCGGCACCUGCGCAACCACACGGGCGAGCGGCCGCACCCCUGCCUGCACUGCGGCCGCAGCUUCCGCCAGAAGCAGCACCUGCUCAAGCACCAGCGCACGCACCUGCCAGGCGCCCAGGCGGCGCGCUGCCCUAGCUGCGGCCAGAGCUGCCCGAGCCGCGCGGCGCUGCGGGCCCACCAGCGCGCGCACGCCGUCCCCGCCGCCGAGCCGCCGCGCCCCGGGCCCGCCGUGCGGGACGCGGCGCCGCGCUCCGAGCCGCAGGCCGAGGCGCCCCCGGGCCUGUCGGCGCUGCCGCCGCCGGGGCGCGACCCCCAGCCAGCCCGGGGCCUGGGGGGCGUGCCGUGGGGCCGGGCGCGGGCCGGCCUGAGCGCGCCGGCCGAGUCCCGCCAGUUCAUCUGCAACGAGUGCGGCAAGAGCUUCUCGUGGUGGUCGGCGCUCACCAUCCACCAGCGCAUCCACACCGGCGAGCGGCCCUACCCGUGCCCCGAGUGCGGCCGCCGCUUCAGCCAGAAGCCCAACCUGACGCGGCACCGGCGCAACCACACGGGCGAGCGGCCCUACCUGUGCUCUGCGUGUGGCCGUGGCUUCAGCCAGAAGCAGCACCUGCUUAAGCACCAGCGUGUGCACCGGGGGGCCCUGGCGCCCACCUCCAGCGCCAAGGACCAGGCUCUUUAGUGCGCCCGGACCCAAGCAGACGCGUGGUGGGGGUGGGAGGGGAUGUUUGUAGGGGGGGUGCGCGGCCAGGAAUGGUGGUUUUUACGACCCCUGGGGGUAGAACCCUGUGAAAGGGUGAUUUCCUCAAGGCUCCGAAGGCUAGAGAACAGAAUUCCAGAAGCAUCCCAAAGGGGACAGUCCCAGGGUGGGCUGAGGGAGGAGGUAGGAUGAAACAGAUCUCGCUCCAGAGCCUGGAUGUGUCUGUUGGUGCCUCAGACGGGGGACCGCAGGCCUCAGGCCCCAGUGAGGGUAUCAGGGCUCUGGGAGAGGCUCCCCAGUGUGAAAUGGCCCAGGGCUGGACUGAUGAGCUGUAGCAGCAGCCUGUCACAUGCAGGCUGCCGGAUGGCCAGAGGCCAGUCUAUUGGGGGAGUUUCAACAGACUUACUGAUAGCAAGGAUGGAAGCCAGCUGUGGUGGCUGAGGAGGGGCAAGCAUGGUCCCAGUGCUAAGGCAGUGCCUGGCACUUAAUGGCCAUUCAGUGCAUAUCUUUGGAAGGAGUGAAUGGUUCCCUGGUCCUUCUCAACCAUGAGUGCCCCAAAGCACAAGGUGCUGUCGUGGUGGGCGGGACCUUAGGCCUGGUAUGUGUGUGGUGGUCAGACCGGGGUGUAAGAGGGGUGGUGGCAGCUGCGGUUUGGUAGCUUGGGGAGGGACCUGCAGCAGGAAAGAACCGCGUGUGCUGCCCCUACUUAGCAGCCCAGGGGUGCUCCCGAUGGCUGUCAUUGACUUGGGUCUUUAUCAAUGCCAGUGUUGCCGAAGAGAAAAAUGAAGGAUUGACUGUC